AUGCCGUUUGUGUACCCGGCACGGGUGAACCGACGGAAAUGCAGACCUGAGGCCUACAAACCCACAGCGGCCCUCGACUGGUCGACACUCCUGGGCAGAUUUGAACCGCCGGAGGACCCAGAGGAGGAAGACCUCCCCACAGAAUACUUACCUACCCUGGCAACGAUGAGACCCCAGUCCCAAAAACCUCCACCGGAGUCGCCCUCAGGGUCCAGGUGCCAUGCUGCAACAACAAUAACCGCCGCCCAAAAUGGAACACUAAACCAUCAAGGUACCAAUAGACCCCAUACCACUUGA